AUGAAGGUUGAGAUCGACUCGUUCUCCGGCUACCGUAUCUACCCCAGCAAGGGGCGCCUCUUCGUCCGAGGCGACAACAAGGUCUUCCGCUUCGCGACGAGCAAGAAUGAGUCGCUCUUCCUGCAACGCAAGAACCCGCGCAAGAUCGCCUGGACGCAGGUGUACCGCCGCAUGCACAAGAAGGGCAUCACGGAGGAGGUCGCAAAGAAGCGCUCCCGCCGCACCGUAAAGCACCAGCGUGGCAUCGUUGGCGCCGACCUCGCGGCCAUCGCAGCACGACGAAACCAGACCGCCCAGGUCCGCGCUGCCGCACGGACCGCCGCCAUCCAGAAGGCGAAGGCGGAGAAGAAGGACAAGGAGAGCAAGAAGGAGAAGACCACCAAGCCUGCAACUCGUGCGCCGGCGGGUGGUCCCCGGGUAUCGAAGCAGCAGAUGAAGGGUGGCAAGGGCGGCCGUUAAGCUGCUGUUGUGGAUUCUCCCUUCUCGUGUCUUCGCCAUGCUAUGCUAUUUUUCGAUUGCAUCCUCCGCGCAAAAUGUAUGGGUAUAGCAUGCCUCCACGCCAUGACAUUAUGCUAUCAUUGUCACUUGUAAUUUCUUGUCGCUUAUGCGACUGGGCAUGGCUGGCCGUCGCACCUUGGGAGUCCGCAACGUUACAUCGCUUCA